AUGAUGGGAGCCAGUAAAGCACAAAGUUAUCACUAUGCCAAUGCGGGAGGCAUUGCUUAUCAAGCAUUGAGCUGUUUUAAAACUGUUAUAUCUUUGAAUGGCCAAUCCUAUGAGCUGAAGAGCUACUCUUCUGAACUAAAGCUUGGAGAAAAACAUGGUAUCCAUAGAGCUCUUCUCUUUGCCACCUCUCGAGCAGUUACCAACUUUUUCUGCAGCGCAUUGAAUGGAACACUUUUGUACAUUGGAGCAGGAUUGAUAUACAACAAAACUAUGGAUCAAGCAAGCAUUGUUACACUGUUUCAUUACAUGAUGCUCAGCGCCUAUAGUUUGGCAGAAGUGUUACCCCACAUUUCCAAUCUGCUCAAUGCGAUCUCUUCUGCUUCAUCAAUUUUUGAAAUCUUGACAUCUAACGAUGACAAUAUCGAAAAUGAGGAUGUCCCGGAUGACCAAAAACCAAUAAAUGGAGUUAUACAGUUCAAAGAUGUCAGAUUUUCAUAUCCAACUCGACCGAAUGCCAAAGUCCUCAAAGGAAUUUCCUUAGAAGUCAAGAGAGGAGAAUGUGUGGCUCUUGUAGGAGCCAGUGGUAGUGGAAAGAGUACUUUAGUACAGCUACUUCUUCGUCACUAUAAUAAAGAUUCUGGAAGUAUAUCGAUUGAUGGAGUGGAGCUCGAGAACAUAAGUCUGAAAAAAUUGCGGCGAAAUAUUGGAGUUGUAUCUCAAGAGCCAAUUCUCUUCGACACAACUAUCGAACAGAAUAUUCGGUUUGGAAAUCCGGAAUGUUCGAAAUUUGAAAUCUUCGACGCUCUGAAAAAGGCAAACGCUUACGAGUUUGUGGCUUCGUUUCCUAAUGGCAUCGAAACUAUUGUUGGAGAAGGAGGUGCACAACUCUCAGGAGGCCAAAAACAAAGGAUUGCCAUUGCCAGAGUUUUGGUUAAGAAUCCAAAGAUUUUGCUGCUCGAUGAAGCAACUAGUGCUCUAGACAAUGAAAGUGAGCGGGAAAUUCAAAAGGCGUUGAGAAAAGCGUCAGAAGGUCGUACAACGAUAAUCAUUGCUCAUAGACUCUCAACCAUCAAUAAUUGUGACAAGAUUAUUGUAAUGUCACAAGGACAAAUAAUCGAGAGUGGCGCUCAUAAACACCUGAUUCAAAAAGCUGGCGCCUACAACAAUUUGAUCAAUUCUCAGAUUUUUGACUCUGAAGAAAAGCAAACAAGUCAAAAAGAUCCUCUGGAUAUUAACAAAAUAAAAGAAAAUUCAAAUUCGCUUCGGAAAAGUUCCAAGGGUAGCCAAGCUAGUCUCACGGAUACCCCAGAAGAGAAGGAAGUGUCUUCUGGUUUCUGGGAAAUUAUCAAUGAGUGUCGCCCUCAAUACUUUUGGCUGCUAACAGCAAUUAUUGGAAGUUUUAUGCAGGGAUUGUCGCCUCCAUUGCUAGCUCAAUUAAUUGUGCGGACCUAUAAAGCCUACUCGAUGGAAGGAGAAGAUAUUCUAAUAUACGGACACUUCUGGGCUUCAAUGUUUUUUGCCCUCGGCCUCAUCAGACCUAUCACAGCAUAUACGACACAUUAUUGCUAUGGAAGAGUUGCCGAAAAACUAUCAACUCGUCUUCGCAUCAAAUCCUUUCAUCACAUGUUGUCCUUGCCAUGCGCAUUUUACGACGAAUCUAAAAACUCCCCAACAAGACUUGCCAAUCGUUUAAAUACCGAUGCUUCGAAUGUCAAGGGUGCCGUAGAUUCAAGACUAGGAACCAUUUUUACUACACUUGUCUCUUUUCUUGUAUCCAUCAGUGUUGCCAGCUAUUAUUCAUGGAAACUUACUAUUCAGAUCAUCUUGUUUUUCCCAAUUUUGUAUUUUGGAAAACGAUGCUAUGACAAUGCAACUGUGCAAUCUGUCAAGCAGGAUUCAGCAUUAAUUGAGAAAAGCAAUAAGAUUGCUGUUGAAGUAUUGAACAAUAUCAAAACAGUCCGUUCAUUAAAUAUGGGGGAUAAAGUCAUGUCAAUGAUUAUUGGAGAGUUGGAAGUAUUAAGAAAAAAGUAUCGCUGGAAAGCCAUCACCUUGGGUCUUGCUAAUGGGUUCUCCGUUAUAUGUCAUUAUUUCUUCUACGCAGCUUCUUUUAAAUUUGGCACCCACCUUAUUCUCCAGAGAGAAAUCCUCCCAAUGAACAUGUAUGUUUCAUUUAUAACUCUCUCCUACACUUCGAAUAUGGUUGGGAACGUCAUGUUGUAUCUUCCGGAGUACCGAAAAGCUGUUCAUGCUGCUGGAUUAAUUUUCAACUUGCUCAAAACUCCAGCAACCAUGCCUUAUGACUCCAAAGAAGGGAGUAUGGAAAUUAAGAAUGGGGUAGUGAAAGGAUCGAAUAUCAGUUUUCACUAUCAUCAACGUCUCGACCAUAUGGUUCUCAAAAACGUAAAUUUGUCCCUUAAACCUGGAAAAACACUAGCUCUGGUUGGCCCUAGUGGUUCUGGCAAGUCAUCGUUCAUUUCUCUAAUCGAACGCUUUUAUCAAGUGGACACUGGAUGUGUGAAAAUCGAUAAUGAAGAUGUAGAAGAUAUCAACAUACACCAUCUGCGUUCAAAUUUGGGUCUGGUAGCCCAGGAGCCAGUACUAUUCAAUUGCUCAAUAAGGCAAAAUUUGCUCUAUGGAUUAGAAGAAUUAGUAGAAGAGAUAAAAAUCGAGAAAGCUCUACGGACAGCAAAUGCGCUCGAUUUUAUACAAAAGUUCCCAGAGGGUCUGAACACCAUUGUCGGGGAGCACGGUGCCCAACUAUCCGGAGGUCAAAAACAACGGAUCGCUAUUGCUAGAGCGAUUUUACGAAAUCCGAAAAUUCUCCUCCUAGACGAAGCAACUAGUGCAUUGGACAGUGAUAGUGAAAAACUAGUGCAAAAUGCUCUGGACACUGCCAUUGAGCGAUUGUCAACAGUAGUUGUUGCUCAUCGUUUAUCUACAAUAGUUAAUGCCGAUUCAAUUGCAGUAUUUGAAAACGGACAAGUCGUGGAACAAGGUUCCAUAGCCUUUCAAGCUCUAGGAGCAUUCAAAACUGUUUGCUCCCUGACUGGGCAACAACAGGAGGUUCACAGAUAUUCAGAGGAAUUGAAAGCAGGGGAGAGAUAUGGAUUCCGCAAAGCAUUUUACAAUUCGGCAUCUCGAGGAGAGAAUAUCCUGUUCGGAAAUCCCAACGCUACUGUCUCCGAAAUCUACGAAGCUUUGAGAAAGGCGAAUGCCUAUGAUUUUGUGAACUCUUUCCCGAAAGGAAUCAAAAGUGUUGUUGGAGAAAGAGGAGCUCAACUGUCGGGUGGACAAAAACAACGGAUCGCUAUUGCGAGAACCUUGGUCCGUAAUCCAAAAAUUUUGCUUCUCGAAGCGACCAGUGCUCUGGACAAUGAGAGUGAACAUGUAGUGCAGAGAGCUCUGGAAAAGGCAUCCGAAGGAAGAACAACGAUUGUCAUUGCUCAUCGUCUCUCAACAAUCAGAAACGCUAGUAAAAUUAUUGUGAUGGAUAAAGGAGAAAUCGUUAAAGUUGGCAACGUUCUAGAUCACAGUUCUCAGGAACUUUCAGCUCGUCAAGAUUCUAGCAGAACAGAAUUUUCUGAAACAAACGAAGCCCAAGACGAUGAGAUAAAACGUCUUAUGAAUGAGCUCACGGAGGAGGGUGCUCAAAAAUCGAACCUUCGAGAAAUCAUCAAAAUGUGUAAACCUGACUAUUGCCUAUUUUUGACUGCACUAGCAGGAAGUGCUUUGCAAGGAUUGAGCUAUCAGAUUUCGGUAAAACUGACUGUGAGGGCUUAUGAAGCCUUCGCCAUGAAUGGAGAAGAUAUUAUGAUCUACGGGCACUUUUGGGCAUUCGCCAUACUCCUACUCGCAUUGUUCCGCCCAAUCACACUUCGCUGUCAGUACUACUAUCUUGGAAAAGUGUCUGAAAGACUUUCCACAAGACUUCGAAUGAAAUCAUUCAAACAUCUAAUGUCACUACCUUGCUCUUUUUACGACGACCCUAAGCAUUCUGCAAUUCGUUUGUCAAAUCGACUAAACACAGAUGCUUCAAAUGUAAAAGCUUCUGUUGACGAUCGUCUUGGGUCGGUUUUUAUGACUUUUGUAGCAAUCUCAAUUGCAAUUAGUACUUCUACGGUGUACAGCUGGAAGAUGACCAUUCAGGUCCUUCUUCUGUGUCCUAUUCUCUAUUUAGCUGAAUACUGUUACGAAAGAGCAAUAGAUGGCGCUAUCGAGAAGGAUACGUUGGCUUUUGAAAAUAGCAAUAGGGCAGCGAUCGAAGCCAUAGAGCACAUCCGAACAGUUCGAGCACUAAACAUGGAGGACAGAAUAAUGGAUAUGGUCGCAGAUCAUUUGCAAAAAAGCCAUAAUUCGUGUUUCAAGCGAGCGGUAAUCCAGGGUGCAGCAAACGGCUUUUUCUGCUGUUGCUUCUUUUACAUCUAUUCGAUUUCUUUUAAAUUCGGAACUUGGCUUGCGAUGCAUAAAGAAAUUAUGCCAAUGGAAACUUACAUGGUGUCGAUGACUCUCACAUUGACUUCCACUUAUGACUUAUGGCUUAUGGCUGGAUCGGCUGUAGCUUAUCUUCCAGACUACAAAAAAGCAGCGCAUGCAGCUGGAUUGAUUUUCCAUCUGUUCACUUAUCCAGAAACCAUGGCUUAUGGCUCUAAAGACGGUACAAAGAACAUCAAGCUGGGAAAAGUUGUUGGAGAGAAUCUCAAGUUUCAUUAUGAGCAACGUCCGGACAAAACUAUUUUGGAUGGAGUAAACCUGAGAGUUGAGCCAGGAAAGACAUUGGCAUUGGGAUUGGACACAAUUGUUGGUGAGCGAGGUGCCCAACUAGAGGUCAAAAACAGCGAAUCGCCAUCGGCAGAGCAAUUAUUCAAGAUCCAAAGGUCUUGCUGUUAG